AUCAAUUUUCAAAAAAUAUAUAAAUUUUUUUUUUUAUUGUGCACCCCUAUAUAUUGUGCACCCCUCAGGAUUCCAUUCAACAAAUUCAGUUGGAGUUUUCAACUAGAACUUAGACGAGCCAAAGCAGCACACCAGCAGAUAUGAGCCAUAGAUCAAGAAAGGCUACCUCCAAGAAUACAGUAAGCUUAAAGCUCUUGAUCGAUAAGAAAGCAAACAGAGUCCUCUUCGCAGAAGCAGGCAAAGACUUCGUAGAUUUCCUCUUCACACUUCUCUCAUUGCCAUUAGGCACCGUAAUCAGGCUUCUUCAAAAGCCUGCAGCAAUGAUCGGCUGCAUAGGAAGUCUUUACGAGAGCCUCGAAAAUCUCAACGAAGCUUACAUGCAACCAAAUAAAAGCAAAGAUUUACUUCUGAAACCCUCAGUGCCAUUGACCUACAAGGCGAAUCUGCCAUUCUUGCUGCCUGACACUCACCAUGUUCAAGCUGAGGCUGAAGGGAAAGUGUUUGGUUGUUUGAAUUACAGUCACUUUUGUGUUUCUUAUCAGAGAGGUGCUCCUUGCUCUUAUUGUCUGUGUUCAAUGAAUAAUGAACUGAAGAUUGUUGAUGGCAAAAAAAUUAAUACGACAGCUAGUAGUACAGAAACUUGUGGCGGUGGUGGCGGUGGUGGUGAGGGAGGUUUUGUGAAGGGCUUGGUUACGUAUAUGGUGACUGAUGAUUUGUCUGUUUCUCCAAUGUCGAUGAUCUCUGUUGUUUCUUUGUUGAACAAGUUUAAUGUUAGGGGUUUUAGUUCAGUUGAAGAGAAAAUUGUCGGGUUUGGCAUUGAUGAGGGUUUGGAAUUGUUGAAAGCUUCGCUUCAUUCAAAGGCAGCUCUUACUUGUGCUUUCCUUGCUAAGGAUGAGAUGAAGGAUGCUGCAGUUUUACCUUGGGGAAAAAAGAAAAAAUCUAGUUUUAUACUAAAACUUGACGCAGUAAAGCACCAGCCAACAGAUAUCAGCUAUUCAUCAAGGAUGGCGACCGAGAAGAAAGUGAGCUUGAAGCUACUGAUCGACAAGAAGGCAAACAAAGUCCUUUUUGCAGAAGCAGGAAAAGAUUUUGUGGAUUUUCUCUUCACUCUGCUUUCUUUGCCUGUUGGUACUGUAAUUAAUUUGCUUAAAAAAACAGCAAUGGUUGGCUGUAUAGGAAAUCUUUAUGAGAGCCUUGAAAACCUUAAUGAAGCUUACUUGCAACCAAAUCAAAGUAAGGAUUCACUUCUGAAACCCAAAGUCUCAUUGACCCAGAUGGCAAAUGUGCCUCUCUUGCUGCCUGACAUUGGCAAUCUAAAACCUGAGCCAGGGAUAAAGCUGUAUGGUUGUUCUAAUCAUAGUAACCACAGGUGUGUUACUGAUCAGAAAGGUGCCCGUUGCACUAGCUGCCAAUAUUCAAUGAAUUAUGAACUGCCGUUUGUUGGCACCAAUAACAAAUUUACAUCAGCUAGUGAUACAACUAAUAGUAGUGAUGGAGGUUUUGUGAAGGGCUUGGUUACAUAUAUGAUCACUGAUGAUUUGUCAGUUUCACCAAUGUCAAUGAUCUCUGGUGUUGCUCUUCUCAACAAGUUUAGUGUUAAUGGGUUUGCUGCACUUGAGGAGAGAAUGGUUGAAUUUGGCAUUGAUGAGGGCCUGGAAUUGUUGAAGGCCUCUCUCCAGUCAAAGGUAGCUCUUACUAGUGUCUUCCUUCCUAAGCAUGACAUCAAGCUUUCUUACUAAGUAUGAGAUCAAAGAUGGAGCAGCACCUCCUUGAGACUAUGUUGGAUAUAUGAUAUUUUUCUAAUUCUAGUUAACCUUAUUUUGAGGUAGGAUUAUCUUUAGUUAUAUAGUGUUUUCUAUUGGCAUGGUCUCCCUUCUAUAUAGUUAGGAGCAUAAUGAUCUAGUUUUUGAACUGCCUUGGUAGUUGGCGGCAACUUGCUGUUGCUGAUGUCUUAAAUGGCAUCCUAUUAAUAGCAAUUCUCUGUUACAAAGCACACACCACUGUCAGCUACAGUUUCCAUGAAUACCAGUUUUGAUAGUUCUUGUA